AAAAAAAAAAAAAAAAAAAAAAUUUUUUUUUUCUUCAUUUAGAAGAGACACGCGAUUUAUAUAUAUAUAUAUCAAAAAAAUCUAUAUAUAUAAGAGCUUUAUAUUUUUUUCUGACAUAUAAAAAUUUUAGCUAAAAAAAUUUGUUUUCUUUUCAUAAUAAACUUUUUUUCUAAUAAUAUCUAUAUCAAUUUUUCUUUUUUUUCUUACAAAAAAAAACACGUAAAAAAUCAAAAAUUCUCGUAAAGAUGUAUUUAACUACUACUCUUGCUUCAUUACCUGCCGCUACUACAAAUUAUUCUUCGCUUCAAACUAUAAAUUUACAAAGGAAACCUUUACCUCCUUUACCGAUUUCACAUCAAAGACAACAGGUACAACAAACUCAAUAUAUACAACGAAGAGAUCAACAACAACCUGAACAUACUAGAGUAAAGUCGAACGUUCAAUAUUAUUCUGAACAAUCAUCGUCAAAUAAUAAUAAUAAUAAUAAUUAUAAUAAUAAUAAUCAUAAUAACAAGAUAUCAAAAAAUUCAUCAAUAAUAUCUCAUGAGGUUUCAUUACUGGAACAAGUUCCCGUUGAACGUGCUUCUGAAUUCGCCGCUCAUAUGACUUGUUUCUUAUGGUUUGGUGAUUAUUUGAUGGAUACUCAUACCCCUACUUCAAUAAUAGCUCCUCCACCACCCCCAGGUGGGAAUGGUCAUAGGAGAUAUGCUGAAUUUAAACCAAGGGACGCGUUUAAAAAGUUUUGUAAAGAUGUAAUUUCUGCUACUCAAGUUUCACAUUCUGUGAUUCUUUUAUCUUUAUUAUAUAUUCAUCGUAUGAAGAUAAAUAAUCCUACUAUAAAAGGUCAAAAUGGUUCGGAGUAUAGAACUUUUACUGUUGCUCUUAUGUUGGCAAAUAAAUUUUUGGAUGAUAAUACUUAUACCAACAAAACUUGGUCUGAAGUUACAAAUAUUCCUGUAUCUGAAAUUAAUACUAUGGAAAUGGAAUUUUUAAGUUCUUUGGAUUAUGAAUUAUAUGUUUCUGAACGUCAAUAUUUUGAAUGGGUGAAAAAGAUGGAUUCUUUUGUUGCUUUGGGUGAUCAUGAUGAAAGUAAUAAUAAUACUUCUGAUUUAGUUAUGAAUGUUUCUCAACAAAAUACUCAAUAUUCAUCUCAACCAUCUUACUUACCUCAACAACAACAAUCAUCAUCACAACAACAACAACAGCAGCAACAAUCAAGUCAACAAUCAAAUCAAUCAAAUCAACGUCAAUUUUUAGUUCCUGUACAAUCAAUGUCAACUGGUUUCAAAAGAUCUGCGGAACAAGCUUUUGUUGAUGGUAUGAUGAUAUCUCCACCAAAGAGACCAAAUGUAUACCCUGUAUAUUCGAAUGUUUCAAAUUCACAACAACAAUUAGUUGUUCAAACAUCACAGGCUCAAUAUACUCAAAUAGCAUAUCCAACUCCUCCACAAAGUACUGGAGCAUCACAAGUUGCUUAUUAUAAUCUUUCAUCACAACAAUCAUCAAAUUAUGGAGUUCGUCCAUCAUAUUCCGUUAGAACUACUACAAGUCAAACUCAAUAUACUUAUCCAAUUAGUAGUGUAUAUUACACUGCAAAGCGAAAUCUUUUAAGUGCGAGAUCAGGACCAUCAGGAUUCCCAAUUAGUAGUUUGUCAUUUCAAACUACUGUAGUAUAAAAAUUGGUAUAUAAUCAUCCAAAGGUUUAAAUUUUUUUUUUUUUUUUUCAAAAAUAAUAAUAAAAAAAAGAACUAUUUGUAAAGGCGUUUAUUUGAUGGCGCAAAAUAUAAUUUUUUUUUUCCAGCUUUUUCUUCUUUGUACAGUUUUUUUUUAGACAUUUUUUUUUUAUACAUUUUUUUCCCCCUUUUGCAUUGUAUUGUAAUUUUAGCAUGUUUCCCCCUUUCUUUAGUUUUUUUCUUUUUUUUUUCUUUAAAACAAGCAACAAAUUUCACAUAUACAUAUAUAUAUA